GCCGCCGUUCCCAUUCCCAUUAUUACGUCCGCCCGCCCGCCCGCCGGCCCCGCCGCACUCGCUCCGCCGCUCCGCGAUGGCUAGCACCUUCCGUCGCGCCCUCUCCGCCCGCCGCUCCGCCGGCCUCCUGGCCAUGGUGGGCGCCGGCUCCCUCGCCGCCGGUUGCCUGCUCUCCCGGGACUCGGUCAGCGCGGGUGACCGGCAGCGGCGGCGCUACCCGCCCAGUGCUGAGUACCCCGACCUGCGGAAACACAACAACUGCAUGGCCAGCAGCCUGACGCCAGCCCUCUAUGCCAAGCUCUGUGACAAAGCAACCCCGAACGGCUGGACCUUGGACCAGUGCAUCCAGACGGGUGUUGACAACCCUGGCCACCCCUUCAUCAAGACAGUGGGCAUAGUGGCUGGUGAUGAGGAAACCUAUGAGGUGUUUGCAGACCUGUUUGACCCUGUGAUUCAGGAUCGGCACAACGGGUACAACCCCCGCACCAUGAAGCACCCCACAGACCUGGAUGCCAGCAAGAUCAAGUCUGGCCAGUUUGAUGAGCGCUACGUGCUCUCGUCCCGGGUCCGGACCGGGCGCAGCAUCCGCGGGCUGAGCCUGCCACCCGCCUGCACCCGCGCCGAGCGGCGGGAGGUGGAGAAGGUGACGGUGGAGGCGCUGAACGGCCUGACUGGAGACCUGGCCGGCCGGUACUACCGCCUCAGUGAGAUGACGGAGAAGGAGCAGCAGCAGCUCAUUGACGACCACUUCCUCUUCGACAAGCCCGUGUCCCCACUCCUGACGGCAGCAGGAAUGGCCCGGGACUGGCCUGACGCCCGAGGGAUCUGGCACAACAACCAGAAGACCUUCCUGAUCUGGAUCAACGAGGAGGACCACACGCGCGUCAUCUCCAUGGAGAAGGGGGGCAACAUGAAGCGCGUCUUCGAGCGGUUCUGUCGGGGCCUGAAGGAGGUGGAGCGGCUAAUCCAGGAGCGAGGCUGGGAGUUCAUGUGGAACGAGCGGCUGGGAUACAUCCUGACCUGCCCCUCCAACCUGGGCACCGGGCUGCGAGCGGGCGUCCACAUCAGGCUGCCACGGCUCAGCAAGGAUAACCGCUUCCCUAAGAUCCUGGAGAACCUUCGGCUACAGAAGCGUGGGACAGGCGGUGUGGACACUGAGGCUACUGGUGGUGUCUUCGACAUCUCCAACCUGGACCGGCUGGGGAAGUCGGAGGUGGAGCUGGUGCAGCUGGUGAUAGACGGCGUGAACUACCUGAUUGACUGCGAGCGGCGGCUGGAGAGGGGGCAGGACAUCCGCAUCCCCUCCCCGCUGCCGCAGUUCCGGCGCUGAGCUGGACCACGGCAGCACCAGCCCCGCAGGACCCAGCUCCCCUCGUAGCUUAUGUGAUCUCUGUGCCCAGUAUGUCGCUGUGUCCUGUUCCCCCAGCGUGCCAGGCCAGACUCCAUAAACGUGUCCUGCUGUA